AUGUUACCAAAGUUUAUCACAAACAUCCUUGUUUCAGGCGCUCUCGUUGCUGCCGCCACUCAAGAGCCCCUUCAGCCUAACCAGUGCGACGUUACCUGCCAGCUUGCAUACCGCAAGGCUCUCGCUCUUGAGUCCAGCCGCUGGGUCAACCAAAACGUUUCCACAGACGACUUCUACUCCAACCCGUCUAAUCUUUCCGACUACUCUGCUGGUGAUCUUGUGAAAUGGGAAAAUGUUCCCGCUGAUCAAGCCUCCAAGAGGUGGACCCUUCCCGGCGGAGUAUCCAUGUCUCGAUUCUUCUAUAUCACCGAGGACAUUGAUGGAAAGCCCAUUCCAGCCACUGGGUUUGUUUUGACACCUUACUCGAACCCACUCGGUAACGACAAGCCUUUCCGUACACUUGUUUGGACUCAUGGAACUGCUGGUGGUACGCGUCAAUGUGCGCCGUCAAAUCACCGAGCUCUCUAUUAUGAGUGGUCAGGUCCUUUUGCCCUUGUCCAGCAAGGCUAUGUCGUGAUUGCCCCCGACUAUGCUGGUCAAGGCAGUGAUAUUCCUCAGGGUUUUAUGUAUGAAUCUGGUGCACUUCAUGCUGGAGAUGUCAGCUUUGGACUCCAGGCUGCGCGCAAGGCUCUUGGAAAGCGCAUCACCAAGGAAUGGGUCGUUAUUGGACAUAGUGAGGGUGGCAUGACUGCAUGGAGGACUGACGAGCGAGAGGCCAAGCCCGGCAAAGCCACGGGCGGCUUCCUCGGCGCUGUCGCAAUUGCUCCAGCUCUCCAACCCAUCAAGCUCAUCCCCGAAUCCUUCCGCCGGGCAAAGGAUGGCCCAGCUGGCGAUGUUGUCUCUAUCUUCCUCCUCCAGUCUAUCUCACGCCUCUUCCCCUCCAUCAAGGUCGAAGACUACGUCACCGACAUUGUCCUCAGCCGCAUCGCCCUCGCAGACCAGGGCUGUAUUAUCACAGGAGGUACACUCUAUGGUAGCCUCACUGUGAAACAACUGUACAAGAACACCAGCUGGAUCGAGCAUCCCGACUUCGUUGACUGGCAGAAGCGUUACAACGGCGCUGGAGAACACCCCCUCGCGGCUCCCAUGCUUGUCAUUCAGGGGGACGAUGACAUUCUGACGUACGCUGAAUAUGCCGAAGAGGAUUUCAAUGCCACUUGCAAGAAGUACCCUGAGUCGACUGCUGAGUAUAGGCUUUACCACAAGACAGAUCAUGGUCUUGCUCUUUCGGUUUCUAUGGCUGACUUUUUCCCGUGGAUUGAGGACCGUUUCAACAAGGUCAAGCUGAACAAGGGUUGUAAGAAGACUGUUAUUAAGCCGGUUACUGAUAACUUUGGGCUUACCAGCCAGGACUGGCAGGUAGCGCUGUGA